GCGGCUGUUUACAUGUCCGACAGUUGCCUUGGAAUGCAAAAAAAAGGUGCUCAAGCAAUCUGAGGAAAUCAAAAAAGAUGUGGCCGUUUUGGGGACUGGACCUGAACCGAGUCCGCUGUGACCUGCUCUUCACAGAAGCCAUCAAUCAAAGGAUGCAGGUUCCCAAUAGGCUGAAGGUAGCUGAUAGCUUCAGCCCUGUGGACGAGGAGCCAGUGACAGAGGAUGUCCCUCCUUCCUUUCACAUGCACAUCCCUGAUAGAAUUUCUCUUGCAGAAAUACCAGAUGCCAGUUUGAGGCCCAUCCUGCUGAACCAGCAAAGGAAGGUCCCCUCUGUCAUGGUGCACGUGUCCCCAGAGUCCUCUGCGCAGCCCACCCACCUCGGGGAGCUCCCUUUUCUGCACGUAGCCAGCAGAUCAAGCUCCCAGAAACGCAAACGAUCGGGCCAUCACAGCAGCAGGUCGCGGCGGGAGAGGACUCCAAGUGACUGUGCCCAGCUGGCCUUGCACAGCCUGGGCCAGCACCAUGAGCGGCCAGAUGCGUGCCCCCUGCCCGCGCACAGUACCCCGCUCCCCCUCCUCAUGGAGACGGGCAGGAUCUACUCCAUGCGGAACAUCUUCCAGACCAUGUACCUCCUGGGCCAGGUGCUCUUCCACCGUGUCCGGGACUCUCUGCAAGACCCAGUGCCAUCCAGCUCCCAGGAGGCUGGCCCAGCCCAAGAGAGCAUCUUGGAGGAGGCUGGGGUGGCUGAGAUGGCAGCAAUGAGAAAGCAGUUGACGAGGAUCUCAGAGAGGCUCUGCGUGCUGGAGGAGCAGUGCAACGCCUGGCGGCAGAAGGAGGCCCUGGUCUACUCCGUGCUGAUCUCUGCCUGUCUCAUCAACACAUGGCUCUGGCUGAGGAGAUGAUUUCCUGUGCCCCGACCUCCCCUGCCCAACCCUGGCAGGGUGGGUGAGGGCAGGGAGAGGAUCCUUGCUCGCAUACUUGCAAACAGUAAAGCUACAUGUUUCUUCGUAACUUGACCUGCUUUUUGUGCUGUAGGCCCUUGAGGAUCUGUGUCCUUUAGGCCCCGAUUACAAUGAAAGUGCCUCUCCCAUGCUCUAGCAUCAGAGGUGGGUGAGGGAAACGAUGCAGUUGGACCUCGUGCCACAGCAGCUGGAGACAUGUGUCAGGGAGAGGUAGGGUACAAGGAGUACGGCCCUACAGGUGUAGUCCCUGUGGCUGCAAAUGCUCUGUGUACACUAGCAACCACCUUGUAUGUUUGAUGGGGUCAGUGCUUGUGUGGGAAGCUGCUGUGAAGAGCCCAGGUCUCAUAAGAAAUUGGUGGCUGAUAGAGGAGGUGUCUGUCCUGUGCAAAGCAAUGGGAGACCCUCUGGCCCUUGGGCUGUCUGCCAGAGGAGAUGCAAAACCAAGGUGUUGGGUGUUUGUGGACAUGGGGUCCUGUUACGGUCUUAGACUGUGGUGGGCGCAGUCCCCUGACCACGUCCCAGCUUGGAUAACUCAGUUCUGACCCCAUAAAAGUCCUCAGCCAACUGCUGUGGUCUGUUCCUCAUCUUCCACCCCAAAAGCUUGUGUAGAGUGGUUGAGUGUUUUUAAACUGCUCGUGGGUUUUCUUUUCUUCCUUGCGCAACCGCUCUUUGGUGGAGGUAGUACUGCCAAUUCUCCCGUGCCAUAGCCUCUGCUCUAGGAGGUAUGGAGCUGGAGGAGCCAGGAGCUCCCAUCCCUGCAGCCGCUGCUGUGCCACCAUCUCCUCGGCCCCCGUCCUGCUGGAGGCAGUUCAGCAGCAGGUUUGCAGAUGUUCAGAUCCAAAGUAAUUGUAAGAGCGCUGCUGGGAUCUGGGCUUAUCCAGGAGCUUGGCUCUUUCCCAGAGAGAUUUAAAUGGGAAGACUCCCCAUGGUGACUCCCUGAAUUAUAAGACCUCGUAUCAACAGUGAUAGCACCAGACAGGCCAUGGAAAAUUGCCCAUUUGGGCAGCAGUAGAUAUUUGUUAGGUUGCCAGUGCCAGAGGGCAAUAUCGCUCCCAGGCCUGCUGCCAAACUGUAACUUCAGUGAUGGUGCAAGAACACAGGUGAGGGGAAUUUUUGGCCCAGAUGCUCUUUAGCUAAAAACAAGCCUGGUUCAACAGCUUUGCUGUUUCUUUCCUUCUGUGGAGUUUAUUAACACUUGGAUCUGAGGUGACUUUGAGAUGCUUUUGGUGGUUCAUCCAGCGCAUCUGCUGGAGUUGUGCUUGCAGGCUCUGGGGGCAGGCUUUGGCAUGGCUUAACAGGACCUCUCUGUUCCACCUGUAAGUAAUUGUAGCUGGAUCUGCAGGUCAUCCAGAUGUCCCAAUAGCUCAUUUACAGACGUGGAUGCUUGGGUGUUUUCUGCCUGCAACUGCAUCAAGCACCCGUGACUGUAAAUCUGGCAGCUGGACAUUGACUAAUAAAUAACUGCCCCACAAGUAAUUGCAGGUCUGAACCUGUGCCUGAUAGCUGAGCUGAGGAGAGCACUGAGAUUUAUUGCAGAUGAGAGCUGGGAUGGUGUGGUGGGCUUGGUGUGCUGUGCCGUGACAGGGUGUAUGUAAGCGAUGGGAGCGGUGGCUCAGGGAUGGUUCCUGUGGCUUGUGGCUCAGGGAUGUGGUCAGGGUUUCCAGGGACCUUACACAAUGGGUCUGUAUAAGGGGGCUGCUGCUGUGUGACUCGUGCCAGGAAAGUACGUAAAUCAUUUGGCUGGUUUCUCUUCACUGAGAAGUGCAAACAUGUUUUGGAGGAAGCUUGUGGUUGUUUUUUUUUCAAGCUGUAUUUUAGGGUAAGAGGGUCUGACCCUUUGGGGGACACACCACCUUCAACGUGUGGAUUGAAGAUGUUUGGAGGAGAGCUGAUCGAACUGUAUGUGUUCUCAAAGGCUAAUUAUUGGCAGGUUGUAGGGGAUACAAUAUGACUUUUACAUAAGGCAUAAAUCCUGGUGUAAAUCUGGAAACACUG